AUGAAUUUUAAAUCAACUCAAUAUCCAGCUUGGUGUGAAGAAAAUGGUGCAACAAUCUCGGUUGAGAAUAUCUUGACUAUCUUCACAAAAUUAUCAACAAAAUUUGGAUUUCAAGAUGAUAACGUAAGAAAUAUAUUUGAUCUAUUUAUGACCCAACUAGAUUCAAGAUCAAGUAGAAUGUCAUGUUCAGAAGCUUUGAAAAGUUUACAUUUAAAUUAUAUAGGUGGAUUAAAUUCAAAUUUUAGAAAAUGGUAUUUUGCAGCACAACUUGUAUAUGAUGUGGAAGAAAAUUGGACACCAAAAUCUAAGACGAAAGUCAAAAAAUUAAAAUACAGUCUUGAUGAUUGGAAUUCAAAAUUUAAAGACUUUAAAGAUGAGGAUUAUGUUCAACAGAUAGCUCUCUAUUUGCUAAUAUGGGGAGAAGCAAAUAAUAUUAGAUUUAUGCCCGAGUGUUUAUGUUUUAUAUUUCAAUGUGCACUAGAUUAUAAUGGACCAGAUUUCAAUAAAUAUUAUUAUUUAGACAAAAUUAUAACUCCAAUUUAUAAAUUUUUAAGAGAUCAACAAUAUUGCUUGAUCGAAGAUAAAUGGUGUAGAAAAGAAAUUGAUCAUUCUCAAACAAUUGGUUAUGAUGAUGUAAAUCAACAUUUUUGGAGUCCUCAAGGUUUAUAUAAAUUGAAAUUAGCUGAUGGAAGUAAGUUAUAUCUGUUAAAUAAACAUGAACGGUAUAAACAUAUUCACUCAAUCGAUUGGAAAAAAUCAAUGUCAAAAACAUAUAGAGAAAGAAGAACUUGGAUUCAUGUCUUUAAUAAUUUCAGUAGAAUAUGGAUUAUUCAUGUUUCAGUGUUUUGGUACUUUAUGUCAUUUAAUUCACCUUCAUUAUACACUCCAGAUUACGAACCCGAAAAAGAAUCGUUUUUACAUAUUAGAUUAGCAAUUGUUUCAGCAGGUGGAGUUAUAGCCGCUUUAAUUUCAUUUUUUGCAGCCAUUUCUGAAUUUUUAUUUAUUAGAACAAAUAAUAUUAAAAAUUUAUUAGUGUUUUUCCUACUAAUUGCUAUUAAUUCAGGACCAAUAAUCUAUGUUUUGGGGUUUGAACCAUGGGAUAGUUAUUCUCAUAGAGGUAAUGUUAUAUCAGGUAUAAUGCUUACAGUAUCAAUUUUAACAUUUUUCUAUUUAUCAAUUAUACCUCCUGGUAGCUUUAAUCUGAUUUUUUCAAAUUCAUUUCCAAAAUUAAAAUUAAGAAAUAGAUUAUUUUCAUUUUUACUUUGGAUUGGAGUAUUCAUUGCAAAAUUCUCAGAAUCUUAUUUCUUUUUGAUUUUAUCGUUAAAAGAUCCUAUUCAAAUUUUAUCAACUAUUGUUUUAAAUUGUGAUGAAAGUCAUUUCUUGUGUCAAUUUCAACCAAAAUUUACAUUAAUUUUAUUUUAUUUCAAUGAUUUGAUCUUGUUCUUUUUAGAUACCUAUUUGUGGUACGUCAUUUGCAAUGUAUUAUUUUCAGUUGGAUUAUCUUUUUCACUAGGAGUUUCAAUUUUCACCCCAUGGAGGAAUAUAUUUUCAAAAUUACCUGAUAGAAUUUUGACCAAGAUUUAUUAUGGUGAUACUCAAAACUUAAUUUUGGUGAUUUCUCAGAUAUGGAAUAGUAUUAUAAUAUCAAUGUUUAGAGAACAUGUAUUAUCAGUUGAGCAAGUAAGUAAAUUAAUAUAUCAGAAAGAAAUUGAUGAUGAUGUUGUAAAACCUCCCAUGUUUUUUGUUAAUGAAGAUGAUAAUACUUUCAAGUUUCACUCAAUGAUAAGAAUUGAAGAAGAAUGGGAAAGAAGAAUUACAUUUUUUGCUCAGUCUUUAUCAAGUCCCUUGCCAGAACCAUUCCCAGUAGUUUCAAUUCCAACUUUUACGGUAUUAAUCCCUCAUUAUUCAGAACAAAUAUUAAUUGGAUUAAAAGAUUUAAUCAAAGAACAGAAUUUCUCAAAAUUAAGUUUAUUAGACUACUUGAAACAAUUACAUCCAAAUGAGUGGAGAUCAUUUGUUCAAGAUAGUAAAAUGAUUCAUAAUUUAGAUAAGAUUGAGGAAGAAUUGAAUGAAGAUUUACCUUAUUAUUGUGUAGGUUUUAAAGAUUCAACACCUGAUAAUAUCUUAAGAACAAGGAUAUGGGCAGCUUUGAGGUGUCAAACUUUAUAUCGUACUGUAUCUGGAUUUAUGAACUAUGAAACAGCUUUAAAAAUCUUGUAUAGAAGUGAAAAUAUUGGGUUUGAAGUUGAAAAUGAUUUAUUCAUUGAAGAAGAAUUACAAGAAUUUGUCAAUAGAAAAUUCACCUUAUUAGUGGCCAUGCAAAAUUUUCAAAACUUUUCAGUUGAUUAUGAAGAAGAUGCAGAAGCCUUGUUCAGAAAUUACCCCAAUUUGAAUGUUGCAAUAUUAGAAGAAGAAAAUGGAAUGUUUUAUUCAACUUUAUUGGAUGUUUCUCAAACAGAUGGUAAGGGGAAUUAUGACAAAAAGUUUAAAAUUCGUCUAUCUGGAAAUCCAAUACUAGGUGAUGGGAAAUCAGAUAACCAAAAUAAUGCAAUUAUAUAUUAUCGUGGUGAAUAUAUUCAAGUAAUUGAUUCGAAUCAAGAUAAUUAUAUUGAAGAAUGUCUUAAAAUAAAAUCUUUACUUACUGAAUUUGAGGAAGUUGAAAUUGUUGAUGAUGAACAUACAUCAACUGUUGCUAUUGUGGGAACUAGAGAAUUUAUAUUUUCACAAAAUAUAGGAAUUUUAGGUGAUAUAGCAGCAGGUAAAGAACAAACUUUUGGCACAUUAUUUGCAAGAACAAUGGGUGAGAUUGGAUCAAAAUUACAUUAUGGACAUCCUGAUUUCUUAAAUGGGAUUUUUAUGACAACAAGAGGUGGGAUAUCAAAAGCUCAAAGAGGUUUACAUUUAAAUGAAGAUAUAUAUGCUGGUAUAACGGCUACAUGUAGAGGUGGUAGAAUCAAACAUUUUGAUUAUUAUCAAUGUGGCAAAGGUCGAGAUUUGGGGUUCCAGUCAAUUGUAAAUUUCACUAAGAAAAUUGGAUCAGGUAUGGGUGAACAACUAAUAUCAAGAGAAUAUUUUUAUUUAGGUACUAAAUUACCAAUUGAUAAAUUUCUUUCAUUUUAUUAUGCACAUCCUGGAUUUCAUAUUAAUAAUUUAUCUAUAAUGUUGUCUGUUAAAAUUUUUAUGUUUCUAGUUAUUAAUUUAGGAUCAUUGAAUUAUAAUACAGUUGAAUGUGAUGAUACUGAUGCUGCUGGAUGUCAUAACUUGAGACCGGUAUUGAAUUGGAUAGAUAGAUUUGUUUUAUCUGUUUUUGUGUGCUUUUUCAUUUCAUUCUUACCAUUAAUUAUUCAAGAACUAAUUGAAAAGGGAAUUGUUAGAUCAAUUUUUAGAAUAAUCUUACAUAUUGUUUCAUUGUCACCAUUUUUUGAAGUAUUUAUAUGUCAAGUUUAUUCAAGAGCUUUGCGAGAUAAUUUUGUAUUUGGAGAAGCUCAAUAUAUUGCAACUGGUAGAGGAUUUGCUAUUUCUAGAGUAUCAUUUGCCACUUUAUAUUCAAGAUAUGCAAAUUUAUCAAUUUAUUAUGGUGCAGAAAUAUUUUUGGUGAUUUUAUUUGGAGUCUUGACGGUGAAAAGAUCAGCAUUACUUUGGUUUGUAAUUACGAUCUUGUCAUUAAGUCUAGCACCAUUUUUCUUUAAUCCACAUCAGUUCAACUUUAUUGACUUUUUUGUUGAUCAUAGGGAUUUCAUUAGGUGGUUAUCAAGAGGUAAUACAAAAUAUAAGGAAUGUUCAUGGAUUCAGUUUUGUAAAUCAGGUAGAUCAAGAUUAACUGGGGAGAAAUACGAAGGUUAUUUACUGGGUAGAAACACUACAGCAAUAAAUUUGUUACUAGGAGAAGUUGUAGUUCCAGCUAUUAGUGUUUUUUUGUACUUGGUUCCAUUUUUAUUUUUACAUUCACAAAAUGAUUUAUUUGCAUUACUGUUGGAAAAUCCAUUACUUAAAUUAGCAAUUGGUAUUUUUGCUCCUUAUGCAAUGAAUUUGGUGGUUUUGGCAAUUAUUUGGGUAUUAUCAUUAACAAUGGCACCUAUAUUUGGGUUAUGUAUUAAAAAGACACCAGCAUUUUUUGCAGGAAUGGCUCAUUUCUUGUCAAUUUUGUUUAAUAUCUUAAUAAUUGAAGUGAUUUUUUUGUUGGAGAAUUAUAGCUUUAUUCAUUUAGUUGGAGCUUUACUAGUGAUUUUUAGUUUUCAUAGAGUACUUUCAAAUUUUAUUUUGAUUACUUGUGUUUCAAGAGAAAGACAAGAAGAAGUUAAUAAAGCUUGGUGGUCAGGAAAAUGGUAUAAAAGUGGAUUGGGGGUACGAGUCAUUACUCAAAAUGUUAGGGAGUUAAUCAUUAAAAUAUUAGAGUUGAAUAAAUUUACAUUUGAUUUUAUAUUAAAUCAUUUAUUAUUAUUUUUUAUGUUUCCCAUUUUAUUCAUACCUUAUGUUGAUUCAUUACAUACAAAUCUACUACAGAAAUUUACAGAAGAUGAACUAUUUGGUGAUAUAGAAUGUAUAGAUUAUAAUACUUUAAAAUUACAAAAUCUAAAUAUAAAUAAUUCUCCACUGUUUCAAUUAUCAACAAAUUCUCCGAAAUCUCCAAAAUCAAGUGGUAAAAGAAUAACAAGAGAUGGAUUAAGUGAAUAUAGUGAAAAUGAUACUGAUAUAACCUCGGAAGUGUCUGAUGAAUUUGAAGGUUGGGAUGAAUGUUUCAAUAAGAAUCAAAGUAUAUAUCAACAAAUGAAUCAAAGAUUAAUUGCAAGAAAAGUUGCUCAACAAAAGCAAGCUGAGAAUGAAUUGAAACAACAAAACCAAAUUUACAACAAAAGAAGUCCCAACCAAACAUUAAAAGUGCAAAAAUUAACCAAUGAAAACUUAACUUUACUAGAUCAAUUAGAAAAUGAACAAACUAUAGAAAUAUCAAGAGAUGAUAAUGAAUUAUUUGAAGAUGGAUUUGAAGAAAAAAGUAUACAAAAAAUAACCAAUUUACAAUCAAAACAAUCAAUGCCAACGAUGAGAAAUUCGAAUCACAACCUAAAGAAUUUUAGUUCGUUCAAUUUUAACAAUAAGAUCAAGAACAGAUUAGAUCGAAUCCCAUCAUUUUAUAAUCCACCAGUAGAGAAAGAUCAAGUAUUACAAAAAUUCAAAGAACCUAAAACCACAACUCAUCAUAAUAAAAAGUUCAAAAAUUACCGAACAGCUCAAAUUGUAAAUUCAAAUUCAAUGAAAUUCAAUAAAACUUUAAAUAAAUGGGAAGGAAACGAUGAAGAUCUAAUAAGAUUUGAUAAUAAACCAUCAUUAAUAACGAAACGUGAAAUAAAUAAUAUUCCCCGUAAAAAGCAAGGCAAUAUGUUUUAUGAUGAAGAAAAUUUAAAAUGGAUUAAUUUAGAAGAAGAAGAUGAAAUAUUAGAUAUUCCAGAUUUAAUUGAACCAAAAUUACAAUCUCCCAUACGAGGGUUAAGUCAAUAUACUCAAAGAACAUCUUCAACUGCUACUUUACCUAAUGCUUUUGGUAAUAAUAGACUUUCACCUACAAGAACUACAAAUCAUAAAUUGAACCAAAAAUUAAUUGAAAAAUUUGUUAAAGAGGAACAAAAAAUUGAUAGAAAGAUUAAUCAUUGGUUUAUUGAUUCUAAUGAAAUUAAAACAGAUUAUUAUUGGGAAAUAAGGAAAAUGGUUAUGGAAGAGUAA